AGGUGAAAGGCGAGGGCAAAUUCAAAUUUCGAAAGAGGGAGGGAAACACGUGCUUCCACUUCCAGAGCCGUUGUGGGGACACACUCACUCCAAGGUCAAGAAGGCACGGCAUGCCGAUGCGGGGCUUGAAAAAGAGAAUCGAUUUCAAAGCAUCAGAAUAGAAGAAUUUGGGGAAGGGUUUCCUUACCAAUUGGAAGUCUCGAAUUACUUCUUACACAGACAACAGAAGAAUCAUUCAUCAUCGAUCGAGUCCGUAUCGGGUGUAGUCUAGAUUAAUUAUCAUUGGUAGCAGGGGAUUCGUUUGUUUAUCAUCAUCAGUACAAGGACAGAGAACAAGAAAAUGGAAAAGUACGAGAAGCUGGAGAAGGUGGGGGAAGGGACAUACGGGAAGGUGUACAAGGCGAAGGACAAGGAGACGGGGCAGUUGGUGGCGCUGAAGAAGACGCGGCUGGAGAUGGACGAGGAAGGCGUUCCCCCAACAGCACUUCGGGAGGUGUCCCUGCUCCAGAUGCUCUCCCACUCCCUCUACGUGGUCCGACUCCUGUGCGUGGAGCACGUCGACAACAAGCACGGCAAACCCAUCCUCUACCUCGUCUUCGAGUAUCUAGACACCGACCUCAAGAAGUUCAUCGAUUCCCACCGUAAGGGCCCCAACCCCAGGCCUCUUCCUCCUUCCCUCAUUCAGAGCUUUCUCUUUCAAUUGUGCAAAGGCGUGGCCCACUGCCACAGCCACGGCGUCCUUCAUCGGGAUCUUAAGCCUCAGAACCUUCUUGUCGACAAGGACAAGGGCAUCCUGAAGAUCGCUGAUCUUGGUCUUGGAAGGGCCUUCACCGUUCCUCUCAAGAGCUACACCCACGAGAUUGUUACUCUCUGGUACAGAGCUCCAGAAGUUUUGCUAGGAUCAACUCAUUACUCAACUGCUGUUGAUAUGUGGUCUGUGGGCUGCAUUUUUGCUGAAAUGGUACGAAGACAAGCUCUGUUUCCUGGAGACUCCGAGUUCCAGCAGCUGCUUCACAUAUUCAGGUUGCUGGGAACACCAACCGAGAAACACUGGCCAGGAGUUAGUUCUCUACGGGACUGGCAUGUGUAUCCCCAGUGGGAGCCUCAAAGCUUGGCACGUGCUGUUCCGUCAUUGGGCGCGGAAGGGGUUGAUCUUUUAUCGAAGAUGCUGAAAUAUGAUCCAGCGGAGAGGAUCUCGGCCAAGGCUGCUCUUGAUCACCCCUUUUUUGACAGUUUGGACAAGUCCCAAUUCUGAAGUUGCUUCGCCAUGAUGUGCAUUGGGGACUGCUGGGCCGCUUGCUUCAAUCUAUUCACCAUGAUGGCAAAAUUUGAACGCUCGGGUUGAUGCUUGGUGAAGUCAGUUGUUAUCACAAUGGACGUCAUCAUCUUGGUGAUUUCUACACUAUCUCGUAACACCUUUACUAUUACCUUUCGCUUGCAUUGAUCAACGUUUUCUUUCAGUGCAUAUGGAGCUCGUGUUUAUGGAUCCUAAUGAUCAACGUAGCGUUUGAUGUGUGUGUGAUUUUUAGUUGCAUCAGGUGCUGUAAUUGGCAAGCUUAUGGUUGCCCACUUCUCUUUGUACCUUUGCUCAUAAGGUGUCAACAAUGGUGCACCUUUCGGUGUUUUCUGGAUUGGUUGAUGAUGAGUGAGUCCAUCAUGAUAAGAGUUAUAUA